AUGGCUGGAUCGGGUUUUCAUGGGAUUCAAACUGCAUGGACGCGCAGUCUCGAUGAGGGCUCGCGACCGGACAGGGCGAGGGUUCGCCGGCGAUACUGGAAUGCGUGGCUUGAUGCUCGUCAAGAUGGCAGGCGGUCGGUGAUGCGAUACGCUAAGGCCUUCUCGUGUGCGUGCUGGGGCAUCACCGACGACUGGGAAAGCUUGGACGACCCACCAACGCAGAGCAUUGCGGCAACUGAGUGCUCUGUGCCAAGCGAGGGUAACGUGGCAUGGAGCGUGAGCACGGCCGAGUGCUUUGACAAAGCCAGCAUCUCUAAUUUCGCAGUCUCCGCUUCGGAGGCCCACGACGAGGCAUGUUUUUGGCGAGGGGCGGUAGAAGAAGGUAUGCGUCGGGUAUAG